AUGCACAUCAACGAGAUGCUCGCAGACGCCGAGAGGACCGGUCAGCCGUCCUUCUCGUUCGAGUACUUCCCGCCUAAGACCGCCCAGGGUGUGCAGAACCUCUACGACCGCAUGGAGCGCAUGUACGAUUUCGGCCCAAAAUUCAUCGACAUUACUUGGGGCGCGGGCGGACGAAUCGCCGAGUUGACCUGCGAGAUGGUGGUUCAGGCCCAGACAUACUUCGGUCUUGAGACCUGUAUGCACCUGACGUGCACCGACAUGGGGGAGGACAAGGUCAAUGAUGCGCUUCAGAAGGCAUACAAGGCCGGCUGCACCAACAUCCUCGCGUUGCGCGGUGAUCCGCCCCGAGAGAAGGAGAAGUGGGUCGCCACGGAUGGCGGCUUCCAAUAUGCGAGAGACCUGGUUCAACACAUUAGGAAGAAAUACGGCAACCACUUUGAUAUCGGCGUUGCUGGAUACCCCGAGGGAUGUGACGACAAUAAGGACGAGGAACAGCUGCUGGACCACCUCAAGGAGAAGGUUGACAUGGGUGCCACCUUUAUCGUGACGCAGAUGUUUUACGACGUGGAAAACUUUGUGAGGUGGGUGCGCAAAGUGCGAGAGCGGGGCAUCACGAUACCCAUAGUGCCUGGUAUCAUGCCCAUCGCGACAUAUGCCAGUUUCAUGCGUAGGGCGCAUCACAUGAAAUGCAACAUUCCCGAGUACUUCAUGGCGGCCCUGGAGCCGGUGAAGAAUGAUGACGCUGCCGUUCGCGAGGUUGGAAAGGCACUUGUUGCUGACAUGUGCCGGAAGAUCCUGGCGGCUGGCAUUGUACACCUGCACUUCUACACCAUGAACCUGGCUCAAGCUACGCGAAUGGUGCUGGAGGAGCUGGACUGGAUGCCGACCACAACUCGACCACGCAAGCACACGCUGCCGUGGAAGCAGUCACUCGGCUUACGGCGACGCGAGGAAGAUGUGCGCCCAAUAUUCUGGCGCAACCGUGGCAAAUCUUACGUGAUGAGGACUCAGGAGUGGGACGAGUUUCCGAACGGGAGAUGGGGAGACUCCCGCUCUCCCGCCUUUGGCGAGCUGGACGCAUACGGCAUCGGCUUGACGGGCACCAACGAGUCCAACCGGAAGAAAUGGGGAGAGCCAAAGUCGAUCAAGGACGUUGCACAUCUGUUUGUCCGAUACUUGGAGCAGGAAAUCGACAGCCUGCCUUGGAGUGAAUCGCCCAUUACGAGUGAAGCCGCUUCUAUCAAGCAGGACCUCAUCGACCUUAACAGGCGCGGCCUGCUGACCAUCAACUCCCAGCCAGCAGUCAACGGCGUCAAAUCGACUCACCCGGUUCACGGAUGGGGACCACCGAACGGAUAUGUCUACCAGAAGUCCUACCUUGAGCUGUUGGUCUCGCCAGAGCUUUUCGAAAAGAUACUGCCCCGAAUUCAGAACCAUCCUGACCUAUCAUACUAUGCUGUGACCAAGUCAGGGAGUCUCAUAUCCAAUGUAUCAAACGAAGGGCCCAAUGCCGUCACAUGGGGCGUCUUUCCCGGCAAGGAGAUCGUGCAACCCACGAUUGUGGAGAGCAUCAGCUUCCUAGCUUGGAAGGACGAGGCGUUCAGACUCGGACUAGACUGGGCGCACUGUCACGAUGCCAACACCCCGAGCCGAGUUUUAAUUGACAAGAUGAUGUCCGACUGGUACCUUAUCAACAUUGUCAAUAACAAUUUCCACGAGCCUCGAACCAUCUUUCAGCUUUUCAACGGACUUGUCGUCGAGGGCCUAGAUGACCCCGCGGUCGUCGAGUCUGCCACCGCUCCCGAGCCACAGAUCAACGGAGUCCACAAGGAAACUACCGCCUAA